CCGAGGAAGGAGUAAAUCACAGUCUACGAGGGCUGAGUUCAGCACACUUCUGAAAGUCUGGGGAAGGAGCAAUUUUUUACUUUUACCGCAGACCAAAUGAAUGGCUCAUUGAAACACUGAAAACAAGUAAGAGGGGAGAGUCAGACAAAAUCAGUAUUUAAACGAAAGGGGAUUCUUUUAAAUUUGUUAUAAAGUUUGGACAUAUUGUGGUUUUUUCCCCCCCAAGGUAAAAAUAACGCAAAUAACAAGUAAAUAGCCGUUUUUGAGGGGGACAAAUAAACUAGGAAUACAAAAAUAAUACGAUUUAGAAUAAUAUCAACGAUUAAUUACUAAAGAUUCCGGAAAAGGGAAAGUGAAAAUCUCAGCUGACGUUCACAGCCAGGACUCGCAGAUGGCUGCUUUGAUUAGUGCCUAUUCCUCGUGGCCGGAGAGUUUCGAGCGCUCCGCGGGAGAAGGGGAGCUGCCCGAAGGACACACUGCGCACAGAUCCUCGGGGGACAAAGGGUCGGAGCCCCGCAUCAGAAGACCCAUGAACGCCUUCAUGGUGUGGGCUAAAGACGAGAGGAAGAGACUCGCUGUCCAGAACCCCGACCUUCACAAUGCAGAACUCAGCAAGAUGUUAGGCAAGUCCUGGAAAGCCCUGACCCCGCCGCAGAAAAGGCCGUACGUGGAGGAGGCGGAGCGGCUGAGGGUCCAGCACAUGCAGGAUUACCCGAACUACAAGUACCGCCCGCGGAGGAAGAAGCAGCUCAAGCGCAUCUGCAAGCGCGUCGACCCCGGCUUCCUGCUCAACGGCCUGUCCCCGGACCAGAACGUCCUCCCAGACAACCGCAACUGCCGGCCGGGGCUGGACAAGGAGGAGGACAGCGGUUUCUCCUCCAGCCCCGGUCUGCCCACGAUCAGGAGCUUCAGGGAGCCCCCGAGCUCCAGCGGCGGCUUCGACACCUACCCUUACGGGCUGCCCACGCCCCCAGAGAUGUCUCCGCUGGACGCCAUCGACCACGAUCACGCCUCCUUCUACUCCUCCUCUUGCCCCGACGACCCCCGCCCCCCUCAUAUGAAUGGCCCCACCUACCACUCUGACUUCUCCCAGGGUGCCAUCCACUGUGGGGGGCCCCUCAGCCAAAUGCCCCUGCCCCAGACAGGGGCUGCCAUGAUCCCUCCCCCUUCCAGCUGUCCUCCCCAGCUCUCCUACUACAGCCCUCCUUACCCCACCAUGCAUCACAAUCUGCACGGCCACCUCGGGCAGCUGUCCCCACCUCCUGAGCACAGCAACCUGGAGACCUUGGAUCAGCUGAGCCAGGCAGAACUCUUGGGAGAGGUGGACAGGAAUGAGUUUGACCAAUACUUAAACUCCACUGGUCACCCUGACCAAAAUGGCAUGACCAUCACUGGGCACAUUCAGGUCACACCAACUUCUGUUUCCUGUCCCACCAGUUCUUCAGAAACCAGCCUGAUCUCGGUGCUUGCCGAUGCAACAGCAGCCUAUUACAACAACUACAGUAUCUCCUAAAUGACCCUGCCCCUUGACUAAAAGAGACAGAAGCAAUUCAGGGGCCCUUAAGCACAGUAUUAUGGCCAGAGACAAAGACAGACAGAGCGAGAAAGGACUGGGCUCAUAGACAUCUCAGGGUUGCACAAACACUACACAAUAAAGCAUAUUGUUUUGCUAUUUCCAUUUUGGGCUCUAUUGGACUAAUCAAGACUUGUUGGAAGUGUUUGAGUUUUCUUGCUUUGUUGUCACUGUGGCAUGUAUAAAUGCUAUCUUACCUAUUUAAGCAUAAUGUUCCACAUUACGGUUAUAUGCAUUUUUGUUUUAAACUAAUUGUUUUCUUUCUUUGUUGUGUUUGAUUCUUUAGAGCUUGGGCUAAUCUCUCUGUAUCAUGUCAAUGAACUGGGAUUUUACCCAUUGAGGGGUUUAUUUUUUAUUUUUCUAUAAUCAACAAUACCCAGGCACGUCUUAAAGCAAAUCCCGUCAUAGAAUGUAUGAUAAUGUCCAGAAUUUAUUGAUAUUGGUGUAAUAUGAAGAAAACACUUUAUAGAGUUUUGAUAGUCUUCUGUUCCCUGUCUUCUACAUACAGUAUGUACUCCUGAAAUAAUAAUGUUAAUAAUAUUAAUAAGAAGAAAUGCUGAUUUAGGUUU